AUGCGAGCUGCAUUUAAAGAACAAUGUAUUCGUGUAGGAUGUAGUAUUCAUUUCGUAAACAAACAAUUAGAACAUUCAUUUACAUCACUUGAAAUUGAUAAACAACCUAUUAAAUGUGAUAAAGCACAAUGUCUUUUUGGUCAUGCCAAACGAAUUGUUACACAUGUGCGUCGAUCACAUCGACAAAUAAAGCUAAAAGGAAAAUUACAGUUAUAUUCGAAUACACGCUUUAAUGGUGCAUUUUAUAUGUUAGAAGUAUUUUUUGAUGUUUAUGAUGAAUUACCUGGUGUUAUAAAUAAAAAUUUAAUAGAUUCUUUAGCUGCUAUUGACAAAGAUUUAUUAGAAGAAUUAUGUGUUUUUUUGAAACUUUUCGAUCAAGCUAUUAUUCAAUUAAGUGAUGAAGAUAAACCAACUAUACAUCAAGUUAUUCUAAUUCGACAGUUAUUAAUUAAUCAUUGUGAAGUUAAAUAUGAUGAUAGUGAUGGACUUAAGGCAAUCAAAUAUUUUCUUGGUGAACGUAUAAAAUCAAUAUGGAUUCCUCAAGAUCAACAUUAUAUGUCCAACUUACUUCAUCCUUCGUUGAAACACUUUCAUAUAGCACCACAUGAAAAAAGUAAAGCAAUUAAAUUAGUCAAACAAGAAUUGUUGAAACGUACAUCAAUACCAGUAGUUGUCGCUGCUACUGAUUCAAAAACAGGAACUUCAACUACAUCAAGCACAUUUAAUACAUCAACACCUGUUCCUUCAAACGAUUUGUUAGGUCGUUGUUUUGAUCAACCCCAACCUGUUGUUAAAGUAGUAGAUGAAUUAGAUGAUUAUAUGGCAUUAGAAACACACCUUCAUGAAACAGACGAUGUGCUUUUAUUCUGGAAAGAAAAUGCUAAAACAUUUCCAGUACUAUCAUCAAUUGUACGUGAUCUAUUCGCAAUACCUGCUUCUAAUACAAGUGUUGAAAGGUUAUUUUCUUCAUCGAAAAAUACUGUUACUGAUAGAAGAACUAGUCUAGCUGCUGAAAAAGUUAAUAAAUUGUUGUUCCUUCAAAAGAAUCUCUUUUCCUUAGCACAAAUUAAUGAAGAAACACAGAUGCAAAAACAAGAACAGUCGAAAAGAAGAUUAUCAACAGUCGAUGAUGAACAGAUGUUAGUCUUCAAAAACAGAGAGGAUUUAACUUCAACAACAUCAAUAAAAAAAAUUAAGAAAACUGAUAGCAGUGAUUUUUCAUCUGAUGAUAACGAAGAUAUUAUCAACAAUAUCAUAGAAUGA